AUGAAGAACUUGGGGCAAGCAGCGGCGAAGAAACGAAGACUAAUGAUUAGCAAAGGGAAAAGAAAAAUUAAUGAAGACGAAACAACAGAUUUAAUCGUGAGGGUAGGAGCAUUCGCAAGCGAUGACAAAACUCUUCUGAAACGUUACGAGGGCUUUAAGAAGUACGUAGUUGUGCUAUAUACAGACCCUGAAGAACGAGACCAAACACAAGUGAUAAAGGUUUAUCAUGGUGACAAGUUGAAGUUUAACAAAGAAGUAAUGAUUCGGUUAGAUUCUCAUGCAAGUUAUCUUUACGUAGAAUUGCUAGGAUUAUCGUCGAGGAAAGAUCCGGGAACCUCCCAUGGAGUUGUUGUGAUGGGUCGGGCUAAGAUUGGGUUGCCUAACAGCCACGAGAAGAUCUAUCGUAAGGCAAGUCUAGUCCUUUUGAACAGUGAUCGAUGUCUUGAGGAAAAGGGAUCCCUACAUAUUUCAAUGAAACUUGAAAGAACAGAAGGAUCAUGA